AUGCCAUUUGCGAAACAUGUUCAGCAGACCUACAAUGCUUCGAAAAUAUUCGUUAUUGCAUCCGGAUCUCUAAGCCAGAGUACAGAUAAGCUGGACCUCCUUGUAAAUGCACUAGGCAAAGACAAGAUCGUCGGCGUCCAGAAAGGCAUGGCAUCGCACUCACCAUGGUCCGAGAUCCUCUCCGUCACAAACCCAGCGAGAUCAAAGGACGCAGACUGCAUCGUCACCCUCGGCGCUGGCAGCUUGACAGACGCAGCAAAACUCAGAACCCCCUCACAGCUCGCCACCAACGUCCUCGGCAGCCCAAAUCCGCCAGCAACCAUCACCCGCCCGACUAUCCCUCUAAUCACCAUGCCCACCACACUCUCAUGCGGCGAGUACUUCGCACUCGCCAGCGGCAUCAAUGACGCCACCCAGCUGAAAAUCGGCUUCGUGCACUCUGGCAUGGGUCUCAAUCUCGUAAUCCUUGAUCCAUCGCUAUGUCUCACGACACCAGUUUAUCACUGGCUGUCCACCGGUGUUCGAAGCUUCCUUGCGUAA